CUUCCGGUCUUUCUUUCCUUGCUCUGCUGUUGCUCUGCUGUCUUGACUUGCACUGUGCUCUCCCUCUCUCUCUCCCUCUCUCUCUCCCUCUCUCUCUUCCUCUCCCUCCCUCCCUGCCUCCCUCCCUCUGCCUCUCUCUCUUCCUCCCCUUCUCCCUUUUCUCCCCCCUCCCUUGCUCUUCUUUCUCUGUCAGUCAAUAAAGUUUUACCACAUUGCACAAAUACAAAGCUCUCAUUGUUAACUACAUUAAUUUUGAAAGUUAAAAUAGGCCAAAGAAGGAGGACAUAUCACACCUGUCUUUCUAGACAACCAGAACACUAGAGCAUCCAGUGGAAAAAGAAAAGGCUGUUCCAGAUAGACGAAAAGGAGGAAGGACAGUUCAAACCAUGAAAACAAUGACCAGUCGUAAGGCACUGUGGGUGCUGCUGUUGAUAGUUAUCUUCUGGGUCUCAUUCACGGUUUUCAGAAACCCAUUAAAGAUAUGGGUUCAGUUCAAGUUGCCUGUGCCCUUGAGUCGCUGGAAUUUGGUCACAACAUCCUCAUGCCCUACAGUGCCUCUGAACCUACCGGUUUCUCCAAAAGGGACAGAGCUGAGAGUCAGGGAGGUCCUAGAGAAACUAGACCAACAGAUCCCUCCCAGGCCUUUUACCCACCUCAACACCACCACCAGUGCCACACACAGCACAGCCACCAUCCUCAACCCUCGAGACACACACUGCGUGGGGGACAAAGUGGAUGUGCUGUUGGAAGCCAGGGACCACCUGGGACACAGGAAGGAGUAUGGUGGAGACUUCCUGAGGGCCAGGAUGUCCUCCCCAGCCCUGAAGGCAGGAGCUUCUGGAAAGGUGACAGACUUCAACAAUGGCACCUACCUAGUCAGCUUCACUCUGUUCUGGGAGGGCCCGGUGGCCCUGUCUGUCCUGCUCAUCCAUCCCAGUGAAGGGGUGUCAGCUCUCUGGAGAGCAAGGAAACAGGGCUACGACAGAGUCAUCUUCACCGGCCGGUUUGUAAAUGGAACCUCUCAGGUCCACACUGAGUGUGCCUUGGUUCUAAACUCAAGUGUCGAGCUGUGCCAAUAUCUGGAUGCCCAGGACCAAGAAGCAUUCUACUGUGUGAAGCCUCCAAAUGUACCCUGUGCGGCUCUUACCCACAUGAAAUCAAAGAACAAGGAAGUUUCCUAUCUUAGUCAGCAAGAGAGGAGCCUCUUUGAAAGGUCAAAUAUAGGUGUGGAGAUUAUGGGAAAAUCCAAUGUGAUUAGUGUCUCCAAAUGCAACAAAAAAGCUGUUCCAGCAAAAGAGAGAUGUAAGCUCCGGAAGGCAUCUGCAGUCCCCAGUGGGCAUGUCUGGAAAAACACCUGGACUCCAGCCUCCUGUAGUUUGGCUCCAAUCAAAAUGAAGGACUGCCUGAGAGGAAAAUUCAUCUAUCUGAUGGGUGACUCCACAAUCCGGCAGUGGAUGGAAUACUUCAAAAGCAGUGUCAACACACUGAGGUCUGUGGAUCUGCAUGAGACUGGAAAACUGCAACACCAACUCGCUGUGGACUUGGAUGAGAACAUCAAAAUCCAGUGGAAAAAACACGGUUACCCCUUUAUUGGGUCAUUGGUCUACUCUGUCAAAGAGAUGGAGUACAUUGCACGGAUAAUUGACAGAACUGGAGGAGAGAAAAACACGGUCAUUGUCAUUUCUCUGGGUCAGCAUUUCAGACCUUUCCCCAUUGACCUUUUCAUCCGAAGAGCCCUCAAUGUCCACAAAGCUCUUCAGCGUCUUCUCCUGAGAAGCCCAGACACUAUGGUUGUCCUCAAAACAGAAAACAUCAGGGAGAUGAGCAGUGAUGUGGAAAGACUAGCUGACUUCCAUGGUUACACCCAGUACCUUGCCUUAAAAGAUAUUUUCCAGGAUCUCAAUGUGGGUGUCAUUGAUGCCUGGGAUAUGACAAUUGCAUAUGGCACAAAUGAUGUCCAUCCACCACAGCAUGUGGUUGGAAGUCAAAUUAAUAUAUUCUUAAAUUAUAUUUGCUAGCAAACACAUAACUCUGAAAGUCACUCAUUGAAGUUCAAAGAUGAAGUGAAUUCUGCCGGUGUGUCAGGUACCAGGAUGUCCGAGUUAGUCCAAGGAGUUAGUCUGCACUGUGGUCCCUGUGAUUCACCCAGUUCAGCCUGACAAGGCCCUAGACUGGGCAUCGGCUUCAAGUUGAAGCUCAAAAGAAUCAAUGAAUGGUCCUCCCUUUUUUGAUCAGGUCCUCUCUUUUCUGAUCAGAGCCACACUGCUCUUCAUCAACUGGAAGUUAGGAUUCCCUUUGGUGGGACCUUCUCCCUGUUGCUGUGACUCCAGGAAAAUGAAGUAAUUUUGUAUAAAAUUUUUAAAGGUUUUGAUUCAAUCUUUAAAUAUUUUUGUGGAGACUUUUUACAUCCAUGUUCAUCAGGGAAAUUGUUCUGUACUUUUUUCUUGGUUGUGUCUCAAAGUUUGACAUCAGGACAAUACAGACUUCAGAGAAAGA